UUGUUUCACAGAUUCUAAUUAUUCAUCUCGUGGUGGGUUAGCAGAAGAUGGCGACUCUGGUGCUUCUUCGUCGACAGAUUCGAUGUCAGAUCAAUCCUCUUCAUCGGAUAAGGGCAAGAAGCGUAAACGUCUAACAAAUUAUAAAAAUUGGAAGGAUACCAGAAAAUCAAGAAGGGAAAACAAAAUACUUGUUAAUUAUGGUAGACAACACCUUUCACGAAAGGGACGUCUGAUUGCAGCGAAAAAAAUGGGCGACUCUUGCUACUGCACUAAACAAUGCGAAACUAAAUUUACAGAAGCUGAAAGAAUUGAGAUAUUCAACAAUUUUUGGGGAUUGGGAUCUAAUGAAAAGCGAUGGUUAUUUAUUGUUAACCACUCAAAUAAAAUGCUUAAAAAUAGAUCAAAGCAGCGGGGUGAGCCCGUACGUAACAGAAAGUAUACUUACAAAUAUUAUUUACCUAAAACUAACUCUGAUGGUUUUAGUCAGACUCAAAUAGCUGUAUGCCGAUUAAUGUUUGUGCGUACUCUUAAUACUAGUUCUAACAUCAUUAAAACAGCAUGGCAAAAGUACGAUGAAAAUGGAAUUAUACAACAAGACAUGAGGGGGCGACAUGCUAAAAAUCGGAAAGUUAGCAAUGAAUAAGUCGGUGUGCGCUCAUUUGGUACGUUUGACUUAUAAUGUAAUCCAUGGCAGGACUUACAAUAAUAUCGUUACAAAGCCGAUACUUACUGUUCGUCAAUACAGAGAUAUUGUAUAAUCCUAAUCACAAAAAUGAAGCCUACUUCGAUAAAACUGUUCUUUUCAAUCAUUUGAGUACAAGUUGGU